GUAAUGUGUCUUGUCCCUUACAACUUCCCGUACCCCACCUUUCUCUUGACACGUAGCAACCACUGUCAAGUUGGCAGGGCUCUAGAGUUGUCCGCUGGCACACAGAGCAAGAAAUGUCGGGGUUUGAUAACUUCAACACAGACUUUUACCAGUCCAGCUACAGUGUAGAGGACCAAAACCAGGGUGGCUAUGGCUACAGCAACUCAGAAAACCCUUACAACAAGCCAUACGGUCAGUACGAUUACUCCCAGCCCAUGGGCUAUUCUACCCCAGGAAUGAUGCAGCCUCAGCAGCCGUACACAGGACAAAUCUUCCAGCCUACACAGACUUACAACCCAUCCACAUCACAGUCCAUGUACAGUAACAGCUUCGAUGAUGAGCCGCCACUGCUAGAAGAAUUGGGCAUCAAUUUUGACCACAUCUGGCAGAAGACUCUGACAGUGCUCCAUCCCAUGAAAGCAGCAGAUGGCAGCAUCAUGAACGAGACAGACCUGGCUGGUCCGAUGGUCUUUUGUUUGGCCUUUGGGGCGACACUCCUCUUGUCAGGUAAAAUCCAGUUUGGUUACGUGUACGGCAUCAGUGCGAUCGGCUGCCUCGCAAUGUACUGUCUGCUCAACCUCAUGAGCAUGACGGGCGUGUCCUUCGGCUGCGUGGCUAGCGUGCUGGGAUACUGCCUCCUCCCCAUGAUCCUCCUCUCCAGCUUUGGAGUCCUCCUCUCAUUACAGGGUAUGAUGGGGAUUAUACUAACGGCAACAAUCAUUGGCUGGUGCAGUUUCUCAGCCUCGAAGAUCUUCAUCUCAGCUUUGGCCAUGGACGGGCAGCAGUUACUGGUUGCUUACCCCUGUGCUCUGCUAUAUGGAGUGUUUGCACUCAUUUCUGUCUUCUGAAAAGAAAAAUCAUCAUUGCACAACAGUUCAAAAUAGCAGCUCCCAAAUUUCUGUCAUUUCAGUCUAAUUAGCACCGUGUAAUUAGUGUAAUUACUGACUAAUUACACAGUUGCUACAGAAAAAUGGGUGCUGCUGCCAUCGAAAACACUUUUUUUUCUUCUUCUUAAUAAGCCGCCGCCUCCCACCACAUUCCAACUUGAUCUUGUGAAGGCUGGAGUGCAUCGUGACUCUCCUCUGAAGCUCGCUCCCUUCAUGCAUCUUAAAGUAGAGGACUGUGGAACACAUUUGAUGGAAGAUAACACUCGUGGACCAUGGUCAGCAUUAUGUGAGCUUAGUUCAGUCCAAGGAUUCUUUUAUGAAAGGACACGGAAGAGCAAAAAGCGAGCAAUAUUUUCACACAGUGGAGACUGUUUGAUUUUGACACAGAUGUGGAGAAAGGUUCCUAAUUGUGUUUUUAUGAAGGACAAAGUUAAUAAAAUGCCAUAAAUCAUGAUUUUAUUUUCCUACGCCUUUUCUGGCGAACACCCACAGAUUCUACAAGAGCAAGACGUCAGUCUACACAACAGCAGCUUCUGCUCCUUUAUCCUUAAAAAUAUUAAAUAAAAGUUGCUGUUCUCCUUAAUAUUCUUCUUUUUUUUUUUUUAUCCAGGGCUGAGGAGCUGUGAAGUCCACUAGUCGUAUCAUCUGACAAACAUCAGCUCUGCUAUUCCUCAUGUAUUUAAUCUUUUGAGGAUUCUUUGCUUUUCCACAAGAGACAACCAGAAACAUUCAUUGUCGACCUCCAAACAGAUUUGAUUAAAUAACUAAUUUGUCAGAAACUCAGUACAUCUGUCUAGACUCGGACCUUCCCAUAUUAUUUUUUUUUGUCGUUCUCUCACAUCAUACCUGAUUUUAGAAGCUGUUUGCCCCGUACGCUUUAAUGUCAUCUGUCGUUCAUGUCUUCAUGCACA